CCACUAUCUCACUCUACAUCACCUCAUCUCGUAAAAAGAACUCUCUUUUGAAUAAAUUGAAGAGAAGAUGUCUCGUUCGAUGAUGGAAGACCCUUCCAUCCGCAAAAGACGCGGACGGCGCAAAAGCAGUUCGCCUUUGCAUUGAUCUGUGUGAGCAAGAACAAGUGCUGAUUUCGGAAGGAUACUCUUUGGGUUUGCUCAGGAGGGUAUCGCUCUGCCUCUGCUGAGAAGAUGAUCGCUUCCGCGGUUUAGGAUAUUUAGCCGUCCCUGUCCGCAGAACUCGGUCGAAGAACUCGAAUAAGAACACCGAUAGUUUUGCUCUCCUUGGAGUUGAAGGACUUCUUGCAGCUGUUGACUGGAGAUUCUCUUACGACAAGGGAUUACAAUCUUCAGUGUUUUCUUCUGCGAAUCAUCUUUGAUUUCGCUUUUUGGUGCCUUCUAGUUGUACUUACACAGAUUUGGUGCCGACAUCUAGUUGUACUACACGAAUCGCGACAGCAUCUUCUGCUACUUUGAGUUUGAGGUUUGUGUUGUAGAAGAACACGGCUGCAAAGAUGGGGCUCCAGCGGCUGGUGGACAUGAUCACCUUCCCGGCUCCGAGCUCGAGCUACUCUCUGACAAGUCAUCUAGAUGAGCUCUUUUUCAUCACGGAUCCCUUGUCAGAACUAUGCCCCAUUCCUUGCAUGUACAUCUCGCCAGGAGCAAGACGGAAAAGGUACUGCUGGUGCUACAUUUUAUUUUCAGUAUUAAGGAUGAGAGAAAAGAAAGGAAGUCUACUUUGAACUUCUACUCAAGAAAUAAAUUAGUGACUAACUAAUGACAGCGCCUACAAUCUAAACAAUUCAUCAGCAUGUUUGUGCUUGUGCACACGCAUUCCAACGGGUGUGAUAUUGGAGAUAUGGUAACAGCGAUGCGUGGUCUCUCUGCACACUUGAUGUUAUGUAAAUUCUCACUUGAUGUUAUGUAUAACAGAGUAGGUUAUAGCACGCAUGGUGCAUGGAGUAGCAUGGAGUGCAUGGAGCGCAGAGCUUUAAGGGGCGCAAGAAGCUCCCCCUUUAGCUCCAUGCUACUCCAUGUGAUCCAUGCACUCCGUGCCAUGCGAGCUGUGAAACCUUAUACUAUAAGUGCUGGAUUCCUUCUACUUCCUGCUCAUACUUGUUUGAUUUGGGUAAUCGUAAUAAACGCGUGGGUAGAAGAACUUCUAACGUGGUACCUACUUCUAAGAGAAUCAGAGCCAACUACUCAGAACUCUUUUUAAAGCAGAAUCUAGUAUCGAUUCAGAAAACAGAUGCCUGCACGUCCACAGAACAGGCAAAUUGAUUCCCCUUAGCGUUCGAUGUAGUGAUUGAUAUUUACCCCUGUGGUGCUUUUUCAACAAUUGACUCUCACUCACACUCACUCACCUCCCACUCCCUCUCUAAUCUUAGUGGAUAGUUUUUUGGUCGAAUAUCCUGGGUACGGACUGUAUGAGGGGAAGACGAGCAAAGCGUCCAUCGACCGAACCAUGGAAGUCAUCCACAACUUCUUCAUCCACGAAUUGAAGAUUGAUUAUGAAAAAGCAAAUACUUAAUCGUUUUCAUCAAAUAAUCGUUUUUACUAAACGAUAGUGUUUCGAGAAGGAGAACGAAGAUAUUUAGUGUCUGUGUCGAGAACGAAGAUACGGUCGUGAUCAUUAUUUUUAUGUCCAUGCUGAUGAGCGCAUUGUCUAUGAAUUGUACUCCUGGUCUGGCGGUGCGUUGGAGUAUUACGUUUUCAUAUUUAGCCAUCGCGCAUCAUCUGGUAUGGACGUUCUAUUGGCAGUGGAAGCGCGUGUGCACUGGCGCUGAGGACACAGGAAUUAUUUGGACCCGAAAGUGUCGGCGGCUUGGUGAUUCAGUGUGUUAGGGCUUCAUUUAGUCAUUCACGGAGUCGGAGAGUAGUGAUAAGUGAACAGGCCAACGCCUAAACCACUAAGCCAACUGCGUUCAACUGGAGCAGGAGCAGCUGCUUUGUAGUUCCUUCUGUCUCUACCAUGGAAGAAGUGCCAGUAUAUGGACGUAGUGAUCAUUUGUUCUCUACUGAUGGUGAUAUGGUUCUCGUGGCCUGAGUUGCCAUAAUAUCGACCUCUACAACUCUAACUCCCGUUUCACCUGUUUCAAGGACGUGGUAAAGUUUUUGUUCGGUAGGGUGGCGAAAUCCGUAGUUCGUCAGUCCUGGGACAACAAAAAUGCCGUUGCACAGUUGGAAAGGUAAAGACAGAUUCACGCUUACAAGACUGCCUCGUCUCACGACAAUACGAAAAUAAAUCCCCUACUCAAGUAGAACAGGACGACGGACUCCUCGUCUGCUAGUCCGUUUAGAACUACUCUACUUUAUAGUCUGCUUGAACAUUCAUGAUUUUCUCAGGACUCCCGUCUUGAUCCUUCAUGGAAAACGCGACACGAUGAUCCCGCACAAGCAAGCGGUGGAGCUUUUUGAGGUGGUCAGGUGGAAGGAGGUCUCCGAACUGUAUCUGUGCAACUGUGGACACAACGACUUCAAUUUCCCCAAGUGCACAGUGCAACCUAUGGUGGCGCUUCUGGGUCGGAUUGUGGCUAAGCGGCAGAUAACAACGCCCAUAUCCCGAAUACACAUAUCAUUUCAUUUCUAUGGCACAUAAAAAUACGCAGAUAUGCAUCUCAGAUAUGCAUCUUUUACUUCUAGUUCUAUCUAAGAUAUCUCGACGAGGACGAGGACAGGGUUGACUUUAUCUAUAAGAUGUUUCUCGCUUCCCCUAUCCCCUAUUCCAUGUUGCAAUUUUUGAAUGGGAAGUGAGCACCCAGCAUCUACUAUCCAAUUCAUUGGAGUAUCCCAUGAUACAUGGUUCAUUCUCUAAUAUUUGCGUCCCCUAGUAAUCCAUGUAGGCCUUCUGCGCAAUAGGAUUCCGUGUCAUACGCUGCGCCGGCUGCAGAUAACGGAACUCGAAACAAAAUUAGCUGCCGCUGGAAGAACCGCAGCGACUAAAGAGCAGGAGGCCAUUCUAUUAAGAAUCAUGCUGCUUCAUCUUUUUCCUUCCAGAGUAUCGUCUCUCUUCCUUUCGUUCCUUCUCGUCACGUAGAAGAUAUGAUUGAAGAGAUGAACUUUGGACGAGAGUAUCUCAGAAAUCUAGAUUUGCUUCUUCCUUUUCAUAAGGUUCCUAAGGUGUUAGGUCCAGCGGCGCUCAAAGCACUAAAAUACAGCAACCGGUUAGUUUUUACCUCUAUAGGCUUAGCCCUUCAAACAAUAUAUUGUGAGCUCUUGCUCUAAUUCUGGCACAAGGAAGUGAGUCUGGCAGUACUGGCGCUGGUGGUCCAACUACCACAGGCACCGGAGACGCGAGCGCUUCUUCUAGUGGUCAAGGAGGUAGUGCAGAUAAUUCAGUUGCCUCAGGAUCGAAAAAAAGUGCUAGUAGCGGUGGAGGUUCCGCUUCCAAUGGAGGACCGAAUACUAAACAAAGUGGACCAUCUUCAAGUAAACGCAGUGGAACAGGACAGGUGGUAGCCAGUGGAGGUGAUGGAGCAGAAGAAGUUCCACCAACACCUUUAUGGCUUUUUUUAUCUGAUGUUGUCUUGAGGUUGAGACUUGAUUUUUUAUGAUUUUUGUUAUUUCAUGAGAAGCAGGAGAAGCAGAAGUAGACGUACAUCGAUCAUGAUCCUGAUCAACAACAAGUUCUUACCACAACUAGUCCUGGCGGAGGAAGAUCAGUUGAUGUCAUGGGGUAUUAACAGAUCCUUUUUCCAGUUAGCUUCAGGCUCAGCCUGUAACAAGUUGCGCAGCUGUUUGGUAAGUAGGUAGUUUCUUUUCUCGUCUGGGCUGUCCGUUGGUCACUUCGUGGGGGGUCUUAUCGCUUUUUUUCUCGGCUGCUCGCUUAUUUCAGUUUUUCGAGUACAUCGAUCGUUAUCAAUACAACAAGUUCUUCUUACCACAACUAGUCCUGAAGAUGAGUCUUCCGAUGUAUUCUUCCAGCUCUCCUCUAAGCCAAGGUUCAGCAGUACUAGAGCCUCAAAAUACAAGCGUGGAGGUGUCAAUUGUAGGGGGUGGAACGACGACGACGACGGGUGGUGCAGCAACGUCUUCACAAGGAGGCACGGUGUCGGGGAAUACAGCUCCCUCGACGUCUUCAUCUUCAGGCAAGUUGAAGCUAUGUGAUGUCAAUUACGUAUAACGGUCUGUUUCUGCUCAACCUCAAAUGCAUUGACAACUAUCUAAGUGUUAGUAGCAACACUGUCUGUAUCUUGUGUCGCACGCUGCCGAAUAGAUACAAAUCCUCGAUAGUAAUACUGUUGUGUCGCACUCGCAGUCGCAGAUGAGAUCUCCUCACGCUUUCAUCCGGUCUAAUGAAGGUGAACGCAAGUUCUGGUGCAAAUGUUGCGGAGGCUUCAGAAUCUCGUUAUAUCUACGCACCUACAGAGCGCACUGGCUCUGCUGGUUAUGGAGGAGGAAAAGAUUUAUAGUCCGCUACUUCUUCAUCUGAACUACAUUACCCUAAGUGGUGAAUGGUUCCGGUAUUUGGUAACCUGAAUUUGAUCACAAGGAUUCUCCUCUUGUUUUCCCUUAAAUGAUCGAAAUCAGGUUACCAAAUACCGGAACCAUUCACGUGGAUCUUCAUCUUCCUUUGAAGCUCUGGAACGAAAGGCAGACUAUUGAAAUCGCUGUCAUAGUUGGAAAAUACCUCUAAGAUGGGGAAGAUGGAGCAUCAAAAGCGGCCAAUGCUGGAGGCGGGGCACGAGAUAGGGUUGGUUUUGAUGGAGGAAUAGACUAAUUAGUAGGUCGUGUAGAACACAACAUCCAAAUUGCCAAGGGGCCUAGAUGAAGGCAGAUGAUAAAUUCCCCUGAAUUAUACAAAUUUCGACUACGUAGACUUACUUGGAAGGACCUUCACAUAAUUAUGAAUACUCCUCGACGUGAAAUAAACUCAAACCCCACCCUUGAAGAAGUCAGAUGUAUGUACCCCUUGAAUGGGUUUACUACUACUACUACUACUACAUGAAUAGCACACGACCAGUAGUUUCACUUCCAGUACUUUCUUGACUUCUAAAGAACGUUCUUCUGCUAGCUCUGGCCAGGACAGAUCAGAAAACGACCAAACGGAUGCUGAAUGCCUACGGACUCGGAACCGCAAAUGUGGUGGAUGCGUUCCGGCUCCAAGAGAAAUCGAGGAACUAGUCUGCGAUAUCUGUCUGGACUCGUUGUUAAGGGUGAUGGAAUUUGUGGACUACUUGGUAUUAUACAAGUGCAGGUCUGGACAAAAAUAAAAAGGUUAAUUAUCUGCCAGGCAUAAGUAGCAAAAAACACAGUGCUCAUGGUACGACAAUCUGUAUGUCGCGAAUUACAACAUCUUCGAGAUCACAACAUCACCUUCCUUUUUCUCGUGGUCUCUAACUUCUUGUCCAUAUUUGACGUCUGCGGAGCCGAAUGAGCUCGCACAGAUAUUGCAGAAGCCACGCGCGAGCGAGCUGAAGGUAGGCAUGUUCCACAGUGUCCGCGUCCUGCUGCACCACUUGACAAAACGAGCAGUGCGUUUCUUCCAUGUGCUGCGAGCUCAAUUAGACCAACUUGAGGGUCCGGAGACGUUGCAGAUUGCAGACUUGAUAGAGGUGGUACAAGCGGAGUUCUGGUUGCGAUGUCCAUUUCCGAUUUUGUAUGAGGAAGUCCUGCUGCUGAGGAGCAAGAAGCGGAGCAGGAUAAGCGUCCUCAGCUUUGGGGCGUUCAAAAUACUAGAGUUAUGAGAGAAAGGGUCGUGAAUGAGUCACCGCUAGUGCUAAGUUGCCUGCAGCCUUCCAUGUUCUGUACUUCAUUUUGUUCUAUAUUAUAUAAUAUGUUUAUAGUAUAAGUAAUCUAACAAGUCUGCACUUUGCAGUUUCCAAUGUUCUUGAACAAGAUGCACGACUGCAAAAAUGGUUGAGUAAUUUUAGCUGGUGCCCGUCAUCUAAACGCAAUUGCAGCUGGUGCUCGCGGACGCAGCUCUUCUAAGGGAGGAGGUCAAUUAUGGCAAUAAAUAUAACUCGCCAUAGCUGCAUGAUAUUGGAAGCUGAUCUUCUACAAUGAUCUUUGACCCAAAACGUGUAGCUUCUGUUGUCAGAUCUUUGUUUAACCCAAAAGAACGUGUAGCUUCUGUUCAUUCUGCUUAACGAAGAAGAGGAAUAUUCUGUUAGAUCUACUUACUUCCAAACAAACCUCUGCUAAGUACUCAACAACAAGCAGCUCCAACAGGAGGAACCAAUACUUCUUCGAGUGGAGGAGGCACUUCUUCAAGUGAAGUCCCACUGAUCGCAUCCUCUGCCGGGAAUUACGAAGAGGUGGCUGGAGAAUACGAUGCACGUACAAAUCUGGAGAACGCCAUAGACAUAGAGAAAUACAAGAUUUUUCUCCGGAAAAUGCUCACCGAGAAAUUCGACUUUUCGGUCUCUAGUCCAGGAAGCAGUAAUAAAGAUAUGGGUGGAUGGUGUAGCAGGAGUACUUGAAUUAUAGAAGAAUCGUGGGUCUUCUUCUAGUUGUAUACGGUCAUCGAGCACCAGGGCACAAGAACAUAAACGACAAAUUCUCUUUCAUGCCACGCGCAUGAUAUUGUACGACAGUCAUAGCACAACUACACUACGAUAGCACUGUACACAGCACAUCAUGAUCAUUGAUUCAUCUCCUUCUCCUUCAUGUAAAAGGCAACUUCGAAGAGCAGUGCAAAUAGUACCGGCCCGCCAAAGACGGAGCAGCCGGCUCAGCCAACUUCUACAGCAUUCCCUAGAUUACCUGAGUCUGGAAAUUUUGUCACGCCUUCCACAUCACCAGGCGUUCAGCGUGGUAGCAGAAACGCCGCGUUUCAAGAGGUAUGUGAAGAUGAGGAUGAAAGGAAUUAAAUAGAUGUCAGUCCUCACCUUCAGGUGAUGCUGGUAGGAGAAGAACCGCAUUGCUGGAGAUGUACAUUGGGUCUAGUUCAAUGCGUGUCCUCGUCCAGGUCGUAAAUUUACAGUAUAUACUUAGCAAAGAAGCUUAUUUCUUCACCUCUUCAUUCCAACGAAAUUCGUCUACGAGCGAUGGCGCAAGUUUGCAAGCGAGCCUGCUCGAAGAGGUCGACGAAGUUGUGGACGUCCUUCGAAUACCGAUAUGGGGAUUUGCACCAAGCAACGCUCAGUUCCGAUACAUAACAGAGUGGUGCCUCUUAUGAAAGGAAAAUAAAGUUUAGUACUCAUCCACCCUCUAAGAUAGGAUUAUGCCAGGCAGCGGUGCAGGCGGAUGUGGCUCAUCCUUCUCAAGAAAACAAGACGAGGGGCAGCACAACUUUCCUAGUUAGCUGAUGACUGUACACGUUCAUGAUGUGUACACGUUCCUAAGUAGUUAGAAAACAAGAGUGGCUGGAUGAUGACUGUACACUUUCUCCCUUCAUACGCCUUGAGCUCCGAGCGCCUAGAUGAAAUGCUGCCCUUGACCGUGAAAGACCUGUUGAGUGGACGCAAUGCACCGAAAAAACGUUCGAAGUCAGCGGCGAAGUUUAUGAUUGGGGACUACUUCUAUCACGACUAAAUGAGAUAUUGCGUUUAAAACCUUUUUGUUUUUUCGCGAUCAGAAGGUGGAGGGACGACCAAUAAAUCUUCUUAGGUACUACAGGAUCAAGGCAUUUUAUAAUCACGUACUCCAUUCAGACCUUCUUCACUGAUGAUACACACCUAACUCCUCUUCUCCACCAGACGCGAAUGCGCCGUUUCCAGUAAAUCCAGAUGGAAUGAAGGGAUACCACAAACGUAAAAGAGUCAUCGGUGGGAAUGGAAAGGGCAAGCGAAGUGGGUCCGCAGACACGCCAAGACCAGCAUUAAGGUGAUGAAACCUGUUGAUAGAUUGUAGUGGUCGUAAAGUUGUAUCUUCAAGAUGUAUAGAUAACAGAGUAGUUUAUAGCACGCAUGGUGCAUGGAGUAGCAUGGAGUGCAUGGAGCGCAGAGCUUUAAGGGGCGCAAGAAACUCCCCCUUUAGCUCCAUGCUACUCCAUGUGAUCCAUGCGCUCCAUGCCAUGCGAGCCGUGAAACCUUAUAAAUUGCUCUGGUGAUAAGUACGCUUUUCAGAUGAAGAUUGAUGAAGUGAAACGAGCGUUUAACCUUACCUUUUCUUGCUGGGCAUAUCGAGGAUGUUGAAGAUCUUCAGGGCUAUCAUGGCCAGCAUUUUCCAGGUCUAGUACGUCAUCACCGUCCAUAUCUAAGCAAAGCCUCAACCAAGAAGCAAGGGAAAUUGCCGCCUACAGUGCUGGACUUGUCAGCAGCAUUCUCUAGCCACUAUGUCCAGCUGAUGCGCCAAAGUGUCCCGCAAAGAGUCUCUGAUAUCUUCGAAUUUGGGAGUGAGGUAUAGUUGUGGAAACUAUGGUUUGUACUUGUAGACCAGAUGUUGAGCGGAGAUUACAUUUUCCACUCGUAGACUCGAUCAGCCAACGAACAGUAGACGAAUCCCUCCACCCCGACUACUCUCCUCGUCCAAAUAAUACCCCGCCAACUCCCAGCUCGUAACCGGCUACACGAUAGCACGCUCAUCCGCGGUGGCUUGUGGUCGGGGGAGGGCUGUGUCCGAGGCUCAGUUCGCGGAGAUGUUGGGCGAUUCAGACUUCAGGGCUCGCGUAACGAGUCUGGCGGAGCUAGAGAUGGGACGCCUUGGAGUUUUCGAGGACGCUUCACUCUUGGACGACAUCGUGACGACGGGAACGGAAGAGCGACAAACGGAUGUGAAGUUAGACGACGUGCCUACUGUAUCAAAGGACGAGAUACAGGGGUCACUGGCAGAGGGAGCGAUAUCAGCGAGAAGUCGGAGCAAAAACGAAGAUGCCAUGCCUUAAGACCUGUUUCGGAAUAUGUGUAUGGAGAUUUAUUUUCACCCAAGAAUAAUAUGCUUCACAUCAGUACUACUAGGUACUUGUGUCUUCAUCAACAUCAAUUGCAAUACUGAGCAGUAAGUUUUGCAAUUGAUGCUGAUGGCACAAAAUGAAGUUUUACAACCAAACAACCAACUGAUUCCGCUUCUAGUUUUCGCAACUUCGUUAUUUCUAUCUCUCUGUUUGUGUUUAGUCUGCUUUUAAGCUGUUGUACGUAGUAUGAGUUAUCACGGCUGUUCUAGAGUAGUUGAUAGCUUUAGCUUUCUGUAGUUCACUUGAGUUUCCUGCUCCUUUUCAGUCUUUCUAUAGCUUUCUCUUUGUGUCUGUGAAAUGUUUGCUUUCUCUGCGCCCGCCGCUGCUGGUGCGUCAACGGCAUCAAUUGCAAAACUGAGCAGUAAGUUUUGCAAUUGAUGUUGAUGACACAAAAUGAAGUGGUGACUAUCUUCAAAAGUGGUGACUAUACUCCUCUAGUGCUAUAAUGUCUCACUCGGAGGAGACGUAGAUGGUAUGAGCGGGAGUCGCAGCGUCGGAAGCAGCCCGAAGGCAUCAUUGAGAUCACCACAGACACCGCAAGAGGCACAGAAUAGGCUGGCGGCUCUAGCUGCGGGUGACGAGAAUGCCAUGGGUGGAGCAAAUGGAAAUUUAUGCGAGUUUUGUGUGGUUUUUGUGUGUUGGUCGGGUAGUAGUAGAAUUGUAUUUGACUAAGCUCUUCUAGAGUUGGCAUCGUGACUUUGCCUCUUUGUUCUUGACUGUACGUCUUUCUACCAAGACGGAUGAUACUCAUGCAUUUUCAUGUUACUAAUACUGAAUUUGCUCACGACUUUAUAUCGAGUUAGAAGCUGCCCUCUUUCAUUGAUAGCAGAAGGCGGUGGAUCCAGGUCUUCGAGGCCAAAAUCCGCUGGCGGAACAGAGAUCGUCGUUGGCGCAACAACUGCCGAAAGAAAAUCCUCUUCUUCUAGCAGUGGCGGUGCUGGUGGAAAAACUAAAGGCAGAAGUAGUAAGUCUAGUAGUGCAUCGGCGACAUUGCAGAGAAGGCCAUCUGUUGGGAACAGCCGCGGUGUUGAUCUUCUCACGCUGAAUGACCAUUUUGGGAUGCUGCGUCACGGGUUUAUGUCGUAUCGGCCAUCGCCUAGUAGGCUACGCGAAGUCAUUUUCGAAGCUACUGACACGAUAUCAGAAGUGCUACUCAUUUGGCUUACGACCGAAAAAAUGAGGAUACCAACAGCGGAAGACGUGAUAGAAUCGGUGGAAAUUGCAGCAGACUCAUCGAUCUUCGUCGGAGAUUUUUUCUUACGCGUUUCAAUUUUACUUGAUCAUGUGUGAUUCAAGUUUUAGCAGGUACAGAAAAAGAAAUGAAUGCCGCCUUUGAGUGUGACCGUGUAUUUUUGGACCUUUGAUAAAUAACUUUCGGUCUGACAACUCCACGACCUGAUUCAUCAUCUUCAUUGUUACAGAGCAGUUUUGUAGCUAUUUGCUUAUACCAUUCCCUUCCCCGAGGGAGCCCGCCCCUGUUCCCAUUCAUCUUCCGCCGCAGUUUUGUUGAAGCAUUACGAGCAGCUGUCGAGAAUUCCCCUUGGCCUAACACAAGGCGAUCCCAGAGCCAUGGCGAUGCGAAAAUACCUUCAUUUCAAUUUUCAUAACCUUUUCAAGCCAGAAGUUUCAGGUGGACCAAGAUACAACAAUACCAGAUUGAUGCAAGCCUUGAGAGAGUAG